CAUAUGAAAAGGCCUAUAAGUGAAACUCAGUUUGAUCAUAUAAAUAAAAAUCUCAUAUAGAACAAGAUGUCUGCAUUUUGGGCACAAUAAAUAUUUUGCGUUAAUUGAAGUGAAACAUACAAUCGUUGCUUUGCACAAGCUCUUAUGAUUAUAAGUGAGUAGCUUCUAGCCAUGCUGAGGAUUCGUCUCAAAAUGGGACCUUCAAUGCGAAAUAAAGAGUGGACAUGCUGUUUCGGCCUCCAUGUUCGUACGGCUACUAUCAUCAUAGGCAUAUGGCACUUAUGCUUAAAUUUAUUGGCCCUCGGAAUCAUUUCGGUCAUAGUUCGAACCAACAAUUACCACUUGCUACUGGACGACAUGAAUGACACCGAUGACAGUGAAAAUGAACCCCUUGCUCCGAUUUUACCAACACCAUUGAGUAAAGUGGAUCGCCCCUAUGCCUAUAUUGAACGUUUCCAGCAACAAGGAUUACACAGCAAUGACGUUGACAUGAGUGGAUUAGUUUUCUUAUGCAUGAUAGCAGUUACACUAAUGUUGAUCUACGGUGCGGUUAAAGGUAAACCGUCUCACCUGUUACCAUUUUUCUGCUUGCAAAUAUUUGACUUUGCUAUUGCCACUCUAACCGCUGCUAAUCAUCUAUGCUACAUAAGAUCUAUACAUAUGUGGAUUGCCGAGAGUCAGAACAGGUUGCCCUGGAAGGAAGAGUUGGCCAAACUAAAUCCGCAAACAUUGUCGGUUUUGGUGUUGAUAGGGUUUAUCCUAUUUAUUUUCCUCAAAGCCUACGCAAUCGGCAUAGUUUGGCGUUGCUAUAAGUUUUUGACAUUCAGACAACACAAUUUACGGUCCAUGUUGCCAUACAUUAUUCCAGAUGCACCGGAUACUGCUAAUAUGCGUCAGGAACGUGACAAUAAUUCCCUUCUACCAGACUAUGAUGAAGCGGUAGCUCAAAGCUUAAAGCUUGCACCGCCACCGUCUUAUGUUGUAGCAAUGGCCAUGAAUAACAAGGACACGGCUUCGAACAACCCUACUCCUGCCGAUGUAUAUUCCGUCAACAAUAAUUCUUCUAAUAACAACGAUAACUUUACCGACCCACCAUCGUAUAAUGAUGUGCAGCCAGUUGAAAACUCACCAGUAGAAGACCCCGCCACGAUAAUUAUUGUCGAACCUACUCCUUCAACAGUUACUGAAAGAACACUACAAUCAAAUCAAGCAACUAUAAAUUGAACGUUUCAAUUUAUAAUACUAACUGUUUAUUUUGCAGAUCAACGAAUAUCUACAUGCUUUAUUGGAAAUCAACCUAUAUUUUUUUCUAUUUUUUUUUUUGAUUUCUUCUAAAAUUUGUUCACUGAUCGUUUAUUUGACUUUACAUAAUUAUUAGUCUAAGUUAUUGGAAUUUGAAAACAAUGGAAAAUCAUUGCAAAAAUAUGCAAAUAAAGUAACGCCUUUCGAUGGUAUUUAUCAAAGGCAAAUAGUCGUUACAUGUAGAACUGAA